AUGGCUCCCGCUGUCGGUAUUGAUCUGGGUACCACCUACUCCUGUGUGGGUGUCUUCAGAGAUGACCGCAUUGAAAUCAUUGCCAACGACCAGGGUAACCGUACCACCCCCUCGUUCGUGGCUUUCACCGACACCGAGCGUCUCAUCGGUGAUGCCGCCAAGAACCAGGUCGCCAUGAACCCCCACAACACUGUCUUCGAUGCCAAGCGUCUGAUUGGCCGUCGGUUUCAAGAUGCUGAGGUCCAGUCUGAUAUGAAGCACUGGCCCUUCAAGGUCGUCGACAAGGGCGGCAAGCCCAUCAUCGAGGUUGAGUUCAAGGGCGAGGCCAAGCAGUUCACCCCCGAGGAAGUCUCCUCCAUGGUCCUGACCAAGAUGCGUGAGACCGCUGAGGCCUACCUCGGUGGCACCGUUAACAACGCCGUCAUCACUGUCCCCGCCUACUUCAACGACUCCCAGCGUCAGGCCACCAAGGACUCCGGUCUCAUUGCCGGUCUGAACGUCCUCCGCAUCAUCAACGAGCCUACUGCUGCUGCCAUUGCCUACGGUCUCGAUAAGAAGGUCGAGGGUGAGCGCAACGUCCUGAUCUUCGAUCUUGGUGGCGGUACUUUCGAUGUUUCCCUCCUGACCAUUGAGGAGGGUAUCUUUGAGGUCAAGGCCACUGCUGGUGACACUCACCUGGGUGGUGAGGACUUCGACAACCGUCUGGUCAACCACUUCGUAAGCGAGUUCAAGCGCAAGCACAAGCGUGACUUGACCACCAACGCUCGUGCUCUUCGCCGUCUCCGCACUGCCUGCGAGCGUGCCAAGCGUACCCUGUCUUCCGCUGCUCAGACCUCCAUUGAGAUCGACUCUCUCUUUGAGGGUAUUGAUUUCUACACCUCCAUCACCCGUGCCCGUUUCGAGGAGCUCUGCCAGGACCUCUUCCGUUCCACCAUGGAGCCCGUUGAGCGUGUCCUCCGUGACGCCAAGAUCGACAAGUCCUCCGUCCACGAGAUUGUCCUGGUCGGUGGUUCCACCCGUAUCCCCAAGAUCCAGCGCCUCGUCGCCGACUUCUUCAACAAGGAGCCCAACAAGUCCAUCAACCCCGAUGAGGCUGUUGCCUACGGUGCUGCCGUCCAGGCCGCUAUCCUGUCCGGUGACACCAGCUCCAAGUCCACCAACGAGAUCCUGCUGCUCGAUGUCGCUCCUCUCUCCCUCGGUAUCGAGACCGCUGGUGGUGUCAUGACCCCUCUGAUCAAGCGCAACACCACUAUCCCUACCAAGAAGUCCGAGACCUUCUCCACCUACUCCGACAACCAGCCCGGUGUGCUCAUCCAGGUCUACGAGGGUGAGCGUGCCCGUACCAAGGACAACAACCUCCUUGGUAAGUUCGAGCUCACUGGCAUCCCCCCUGCUCCUCGUGGUGUUCCUCAGAUCGAGGUUACCUUCGAUCUCGAUGCCAACGGUAUCAUGAACGUCUCCGCCGUUGAGAAGGGUACCGGUAAGACCAACAAGAUCACCAUCACCAACGACAAGGGCCGUCUGUCCAAGGAGGACAUCGAGCGCAUGUUGGCGGAUGCCGAGAAGUACAAGGAGGAGGAUGAGGCCGAGGCUUCCCGUAUCCAGGCUAAGAACGGCCUCGAGUCCUAUGCCUACUCCCUCAAGAACACCAUCAGCGAGGGCAAGCUCACCAUCAACGAUGCCGACAAGGAGAAGGUUACCGCCAAGGUUGAUGAGGUCAUCAGCUGGCUCGACAACAACCAGACCGCCACCAAGGACGAGUACGAGUCCCAGCAGAAGGAUCUCGAGAGUGUUGCCAACCCCAUCAUCUCCGCCGCCUAUGGUGGUGCUCCCGGUGGUGCCCCUGGCGGUGCUGCCCCCGGUGGUGCUACCCGCACUGCUGACGAGGUUGAGGAGCGCCCUGAGGAGCUUGACUAA